UUCAGAGAAUAAUCCAUCACUCAUUCAAAGCCUGGGUCAUGCAUGUCCUGUAAUGGGUUUAGACGGCCUCCUACAUGGCCUCCUUUCAAAGCCUGGGUCAUGCAUGUCCUGUAAUGGGUUUAGACGGCAUCCUACAUGGCCUCCUACAUGGCCUCCUACAUGGCCUCCUACAUGGCCUCCUACAUGGCUGCAUGUAAUGCUACCAUGUUGUUGUCAUGUUGUGUUGCUGCCAUGUAGUUGUCAUGUUGUGCUGCUACCAUGUUGUGGUGCUACCAUGUUGUCAUGUUGUUUUGCUACCAUGUUGUUGUCAUGUUGUGUUGCUACCAUGUUGUUGUUGUGUUGCUACCAUGUUGUUGUCAUGUUGUUUUGCUACCAUGUUGUUGUCAUGUUGUGUUGCUACCAUGUUGUUGUUGUGUUGCUACCAUGUUGUUGUCAUGUUGUGUUGCUACCACGUUGUUGUCAUGUUGUGUUGCUACCAUGUUGUUGUCAUGUUGUGUUGCUACCACAUUGUUGUCAUGUUGUGUUACUACCAUGUUGUUGUCAUGUUGUGUUGCUACCAGGUUGUUGUCAUGCUGUGUUGCUACCAUGUUGUUGUCAUGCUGUGUUGCUACCAUGUCGUUGUGCUGCUACCAUGUUGUUAUCAUGUUGUGUUGCUACCAUGCUGUGUUGUCAUGUUGUGUUGCUACCAUGUUGUUGUCAUGCUGUGUUGCUACCAUGUUGUUGUCACGUUGUGUUGCUACCAUGUCGUUGUCAUGUUGUGUUGCUACCAUGUCGUUGUCAUGUUGUGUUGCUACCAUGCUGUGUUGUCAUGUUGUGUUGCUACCAUGUUGUUGUCAUGCUGUGUUGCUACCAUGUUGUUGUCAUGCUGUGUUGCUACCACAUUGUUGUCAUGUUGUGCUGCUACCAUGCUGUGUUGUCUGCCUUGCCAUGUUGUGCUGCUACCAUGUUGUUGUCACGUUGUGUUACUACCAUGCUGUGUUGUCUGCCUUGCCAUGUUGUUGUCAUGUUGUGCUGCUACCAUGUUGUUGUCACGUUGUGCUGCUACCAUGCUGUGUUGUCUGCCUUGCCAUGUUGUUGUCAUGCUGUGUUGCUACCAUGCUGUGUUGUCUGCCUUGCCAUGUUGUUGUCAUGUUGUGCUGCUACCAUGCUGUGUUGUCUGCCUUGCCAUGUUGUUGUCAUGCUGUGUUGCUACCAUGCUGUGUUGUCUGCCUUGCCAUGUUGUUGUCAUGUUGUGCUGCUACCAUGCUGUGUUGUCUGCCUUGCCAUGUUGUCGUCUCUCUUGUCGAGAUGUGUAUUUUGUCCUAUAUUUACAUGUUGUUUCUUUUUUUUUUUAAAUUUAUCCCAGCCCCCGUCUGGUUAAAUAAAAAAUAAAACAUCCUAGAUGGCACCCUAUUGUCUAGAUGGGGAUCUGGUAAAGUAGUGAAAUAUAUAGGGUGCCAUUUGGGACAAAUCCUAACAAGCCUCUCUC